ACGGCCCCCGCAGCCGCUCCGCCCCCCGCGGGCGGCCCCGUUCGGGGCGGUGCCGGAGCAGCGCGGCGGGGCCGGAGCGGAGCGGGACGGGAGCGGCGGAGAGAGGUAUCAGGAGUGAUUAACCAGGCUCAGCUCCCGAGUUGGCACUGGAGAGGAGCACUGACAUGAAAAGUAAGGAGCUGCAUUAGCAAACUGAUCGGCGCUGGGGCAGGCAGGCGCUGCACGAGUGAGUGCAGGCAUCUGCUGAGAUUGUGGCGUGUGGUUUGGAGCUUUCAGCAAGACACUGGUGCUGCCGUGAGGCUGGGAAGGCUGUCACUGCUGCAGGAGGUAAAAUAAGAACAUGGCAUGAUGUCCUUUGGAAAAGGAGCGAUGGCAGCCAUCAGGAAGAAGCUGGUGAUUGUGGGAGAUGGUGCCUGUGGAAAGACGUGCCUGCUGAUCGUGUUCAGCAAAGACCAGUUCCCCGAGGUCUACGUGCCCACGGUGUUUGAGAACUACAUUGCUGACAUAGAGGUGGAUGGGAAGCAGGUUGAGCUGGCCCUGUGGGACACAGCAGGACAGGAGGACUAUGACAGGCUGCGGCCCCUCUCGUACCCGGACACAGACGUCAUCCUCAUGUGCUUCUCCAUCGACAGCCCGGACAGCCUCGAGAACAUCCCUGAGAAGUGGACGCCGGAGGUGAAGCACUUCUGCCCCAAUGUGCCCAUCAUCCUGGUGGGGAACAAGAAGGACCUGCGCAACGACGAGCACACGCGGCGGGAGCUGGCCAAGAUGAAGCAGGAGCCGGUGAAGCCAGAGGAGGGGAGGGACAUGGCCAACAGGAUCAACGCCUUUGGGUACUUGGAGUGCUCGGCCAAGACGAAGGAGGGCGUGCGGGAGGUGUUUGAGAUGGCCACCCGUGCCGGGCUGCAGGUGCGCAAGAACAAGAAGCGCAGAGGCUGCCCGCUGCUGUGAGCGCCUGGCUGCCCCCGGGAGGGACUGCUGCCAGGCAGCCCCAGCAGCGCCUCGUGGUGCCACCGCCUGCCCUGAACCCUCUGCACCAGAGCUGCCACCCACGCUCGCAGGGUGUCCCUGCGACAUUCCAGGGCCGUGAGGGGCCAGUGCCUUCAGCGCCCGCUGCUCUCCGUGGGCCGGGUGCUCGUGUCGCUCCCGUGUCGCCCCGUUUUGUACUGAGCUCCCUGGUUUUGCCUUCCCGUGGGCAUUGCUGCGGCGUUCACUCUCUUUCCCUGGCUCUGGGCAGGUGCCACAGGAGCAGGAGGCGCCGGUCACAGCUCACAUGUGCCAGGCCCUUGGUGUGCUGUGCCUGCCCUCCUCGGCCGUGCAGGCAGCGCCCAGCAGCGUUACAGACUGGCCUGGGCAGUUCUGGCCCUGCCUGAGCAGAGCUGGGCUCAGCUGCUGCCAGCAGCUCCUCCCGGGACGCGUGCCCAGCUCUGCCGGUGUCGCCGCCUGCGAGUCUGCCUCGGUCGUGGGCUUGGCAGCACUAAACCCAACUGCUUAAUUGGGAGAAUAAAUGCAAACUGGUAUUUUAGUAAUUAUAA